AUGGAGGCGAUCUCAAGGCUAAAUAACAAAUUAACUUCCGGUAUAGACCAAAUUCCAAAUUUUAUAAUCAAAGACUGUCGUUCAGUAACCUUUCCCAACAUUUGGAAGCAGGCUCGUACAUCCCAAGUUUUUAAAAAAAGUGAUCCGACCAUGAUUGUUAACUAUAGACCGAUUUCCAUCUUAUCUAAUUUAUCUAAAGUUUCCGAAUCUAUAUUAGAUAAGUACAUCUACAAUGCUGUUAAACUGAAUAUUUCUACUUCAGAGCAUGGGUUUAUGGAAAAACGAUCAACGACCACCAAUCUUGUUACUUUUUGUCAAUACCUUUCUGAAAAUAUGGAUACACAAAUACAAACUGAUGCAAUUUACACAGAUUUCACUGGAAAAAUUUGGAAUGAGUACUUCGUUAUUAGAUUUAUUCAAACCAUAUUUAAGGAAUCGCUCUCAAUCGUGUGCCAGCAAAGUGCUACUGGUUAA